AUGGUCCCACAUAGGCCAGUAUUCCGAGAACAAGCAGAAACCACUAAGGUGAGACCUGUCUUCGAUGGGUCCGUCCAUCAUAAGGGAAUGCGAAGCUUCAAUGCCAAUCUAGAAGUAGGACCUAACAUGAAAACACAUAUCAUGGGGAUCCUUAUGAGGUUCCGCCCCGAAAAGCAAGAAGAGGGCGAGAAGGCGUUUCUGCAAAUCCUGAUACACCCUGACCAUUGUCAGAUAGUAAGAUUCAUAUGGGUAGACGAUCUGAACGCAGAGAAUCCCACCUUUAAAGUCUAUUGCUGGAAAAGACUAUCGUUCUGGCUGACCUCAAGUUCAUUUAUCCUUAGGGUUGUUCUCACUAAACACCUAGAGAAGUACGAGACACAACAUCCAAGCAUAACAUCCAGAGUCCUCGACCAGAUCUAUGUCUACGAUUGGAUUGGGGGAGAAAAAAGCCCACAAGGAGCAGCGGAAAAUAUUCGUCUAGUAUUCAAAAUUCUCUGGGAGAUUAAGAUGAAGCUUUGCAAAACGACGACUAACUUGCCUGAGCUUAAAGAAAUUCUACGGGGAUAG